AUGGAAGUCAAAGAAAGACGGAGCAGCUUGAACGAUAGAGAAUUUUAUAAAUAUAGAAACAAGAAAGUAAUAAAAACGAUAGAUGAUAUAAAUGAAUUUAUAAAAAAGUUUCCUCGUACCAAUAGAGAGCUAAAUACAUAUAUUAUAAAGAAGGAUAGAGGGAGUGAUGUUUCUCUUUUUAAAAGUUUAAUUUUUUACAUAUUUACUCAAAUAACAAGUAUUGUGGCUGUCUGUUUGGUAAUAUUUUGCAUUGGUUUUUUAAUAGGUAAUCAUAUAUCUUCCAAAUCGUCCAUAAUAAAUUCCGUAAAUCAUAAUUUUUAUUUAGCUAAUAACAUUGGUGCAGUGUUACACAAAGGUAUGAGUACCAUUCCUAGUAAGACCGAUAUUAAUAAUGAAAAAAAUCUGUUAAAAUUAGAUCUAAUAAUUAAUAUUAUCUUUGACUAUAAUAAUUUAUUUAUGGGUACCUUAGUUAGCAAAGUGCUGUUAUAUUAUUAUCCUUCUAAUGAUAUUGGUUUAAAUGCUAAUGAGUUUUGUUUUAAUACUAGAAAGUAUAUGUUCGGUGCUUCUAAUUCAGGUAUACCUUCUAAGACACUAUCUAGUAAUAAAUUACAUGAUGUAGAUGUUGAACUUUUUAAAAAUUUUAUAAAAGAAGAAUCUUUAAUUUUUCUAAAUUAUUCUAUAAAAAAAAAAGAUAAUAAUACAAAAAUAACAUUCAUAAAUGACGUUCUAUUUGAGCAUUUGCAUGCAUAUCCUAUUGGUGGAUCUGACAUCACUAUAUCUCCUGGUAUAAUGCAAGGCAUUAAUUCGAUUAAUGCAUUAGUUAGUAUUAAUCAUACUAUAACGGAUGAAAACUUAUAUGAAAUGCUUUUGAAUGACUGUAAAAAGGGAAGGAUAUAUAUACAAUUAUACUUUGGUAGUAACCAAAUUAGAACCAUCUUAUUUCGCUUUCAAGCAAAAAUUGGAGUUUUUCUACCAUUCAGAGUUCCUUGUCAAGUAAGAAGUAACAUCAAAAUUGAGAAUAGCGAAUUUCGAAUGAGCGUUAUUAAAAAUUAUCAUGUUCAAAAGGCAGCCAUUAAGAAUAUAAACUUUUUUAUCAAUUAG